UUCUGACAUCCCAAUGACAUUUGUUUUUGUUAACCUUGGAAUUUGAUAUCAAUAUUAUACUUGCAAAUAAAACAGUGAUUACAAAUAUUUAUAAUUACAAGUCCUAGUGGAAAUUACACGUGUUUUUUUUAAAUUCCAGUGGUAGGUAAACAUUCAGUACUUGAAUUUAAAAAGAUGUCAGAUCAGGUGACCACCACAGAAGAAAGCCCCAAAGAACCCUCAAUCAGAGAGGAUUUAGUCAAUACAGCGAUAAAGUUCUUAGAAAACCCAAAUGUAAUUAAGACGUCUCUGGCGGAGCAACAAAGGUUUCUUAAGCGCAAAGGUUUAACAGAUGAGGAAAUUCGUUCGGCUUGUGAAAAAUCGGGAGCUUAUGCGUAUCAUGAACAGAAAAGUAGGACACCUCCUCCUUUACCGGGAUCAACAAACCCUCUUGUCCCGUAUGGGACAGGGACCGUUCAACUUAGUUUAUUUGAUAGAAUAAGGGAACUUGUACAUAAUGUGGCCAUUUUUAGUUUUGCAGCAUAUGUAGUGUACAAAUUUUAUGAGAAAUUCAUAGCGCCGUUUUUGUUUGGUAAAAAGAAAAAAAGUAUAGAAGACUCAAUAGAUGAACUAGAUAAAAACAUGAAGCAGUCUGUCAGUGAUCUUCAAAGCAGUCUAUCCAGUGUGAAAGUAGAAGUAGACAAAAUUAGUUCAGGAGCUGAUAGCAAUACUCAGAGACAAUUAUCAGACUUAAAAUCUGAGAUAGCCACAGUUAAAGGUCUUCUUCUCAGCCGGAAUCAAUUUCCACCUGUAUCCAAAAGUUCAGUAGUGCGUCCCUCAAUCCCUGCAUGGCAGAAAACCAGCAUCAGUCAAGAUUCAGAUGGUGAUUCAGACCCAGAGAGAAAAGCUGAGGAUUUACUAGAAGUUGGAUCAGGUUCUGGAUCUUCUGAACAUGAACACAACGCUAAAAAUAGUGAUUCUAGUCUAGAUAUAAUAUCCUUUUCUUCGAAAGACAGCGAUUUCAGACGGCAUAAAACAAAGGAGGAUGACGAUGACGACGACGACGACAAAGAUUAAACAUCUUCCAUCUAUUGCCAUAAGCUAGUGAAUAAUGUAAAUGGUUUUUAGGUUCCAAAUAGGUAAUUGUAACGAGGGUUAAGUUGUGUAAAAAAUUUUAGUUUAUUAGAUAAAUUGAUUUAUUUCUGUACUGACACCAAAAUAUAGUUUUAUAUUUUUUCUUAUCAUCCACAAUACACUGUAAAUACAGCAAGUAAUCAAAGGUG